AUGCAGAAGGUUAUUCGAAGGACGGCCCUGGCCAGGAACCAGGCCCAACGGAAGGCCAUCCGCGCCACCAAAACCGCCGAGCGCGAGGAAUUGAAGGACACCCUCCGCCAGCGCUUCGCCUACAACCGCAUACAGCUCGAUGCCGUCCGCUCCGAGCGAGAACGUCGCCGCGAAGACUGGAUGCGAGGUCCGCUCGCCCCUCAGCGCGAUGCUGGCCCCGAGGGUGCCUCGUUCGGUGCCUUGAGUCCGCAGGCCAUGAACCCCCCGACCAUCCCCAAGCACCUGCGGAGGAAGUACAUCAACAUUGCCGCCGGGGACCGGGUGUGUAUCGUCAAGGGCAAGGAUAAAGGCAAGAUCAACGAGGUCACCCGGGUGGAUGAGUCCAACGAGACCGUCACGGUGAAAGACCUGAACAUGGCCGACGUACAUUUCCCCGAAUGGCUGAACGAGCAAUAUGGCAGCAAGAGCCCCUUCCAAACGGUGAGCCUGCCGAUCUCCAUCGACGAUGUCCGACUGGUGGUGGCUCUCGAUGACCCGGCCACCGGCAACACGCGAGAUGUCCUGGUCGACCACGUUCGCGGCGGAGGGCCUUUCCUGGAGCGCGAAUAUGCCACAACCACCCCCCGACACACCCGAUACAUUGCCGGCGAGAAUAUUGAGAUCCCCUGGCCUCGCAAUGAGCCGCUCAACCUGAAGGACGAGGAGUGGGACACCCUUCGGAUGGAGGUCGAGACGCCGACGUGGGUUCCCUCCCUGCACAACUCGCCAUUCCCUCCCAGCGUCAUGGACGAACUGCGCAAUAAGUUCUCGAAAUACCGAGUACGACACGACCCCGAAUGGGUGCAGGCGAAGAAGAUGGAAGAUUACAAAAAGGAAUACCUUCAAAGCAGGUCUUUGUGGACACCCAAGGGAGAGCUUCUGGCCAUGGUCCGGGCCAAGAAGGAGGAGCGUUUGAAGGCCCGCAAGGAUGCCAACGGCAAUUACCUGAUGGACACCCAAACGACCAGCUUCAUUGAGGACUUCAUGAAGGGGAAGGCGGCCAACAAGGCUUCCAACAAGGCUUGA